AUGGGGGCGAUUGCUGCAUGGAGGGAAGAAGAAUUGGGACUAAUUGGUGUAACGGGGGAAACGGGGGCGCGGGUUAGGGCAGCUAUUGCUGACAGGUUAGAUGAGUGGGUUGGGAGGCCGUACUCUAUAGGUACGACCUUCCACACCACUCAGCUGAUGACUGGCUAUGGCUGCUUUCCUGCGUACCUACGCGGUAUCAGGAGGACGGACUCCCCGCGGUGCUAUCACUGCGGCGCGGGUAGAGACGACGCGGAACACACCCUGAUUGAAUGCCCGGCGUGGACGAAUGCUAGGGAUUCCUUGGUCAGGGAGUUAGGGGGGGGUGCAGCCCACCCUCCCCGGGAUAUUCAGGCAGUCCCUGGAUACCUCGGGGGCGUGGGCUGCAUUCCAGUCCUUUUCAGGACUUGUAAUGAAGGCCAAAGAAGAUGCUGA